AUGGCUUGUUCAAUGACGGAAGAAAAAGGUAUGAGCAAUGUAGAAUUUUCCAAAUGUCCGAUUUGUUUUGACCAGUUUAAAACACCACGUGUCUUGCCAUGUUCACACACGCUAUGUCACGAUUGUGUGUCUUCCCACAUUUCAUCCACCUGUCAAUCAAAGGACGACCCAUCAGGAUUUCUCUGCCCAAUAUGUCAGGAAUUUGUACCUGCUCCUAGUUUCAUUUUAAAUUUCGAAGACUGGAGUAGGCUUUUGCCAACCUGUAAUCUACUCGAAGAUGUUUCCUGCAAAACAGAAAGUAUGAAAUUAUGUGAAGUCUGUGAGAGAGAAAAUGAGAAGGAGAAGGCGGUUAACUAUUGUUUGUCUUGCUGUGAAGCACUUUGCGAUAAUUGUACCACGUAUCACCGAAAAAAUCGUGUAUCCUGCGAUCACAAGAUCUGCCGUUUUGAUGAAAUGGAAAAUUUACCCGAAUUGUCAAAAAUAUCUACAAAUAUCCUUUGCACGAAACACAAGGACCGGUCAAUAGAGUUAUUUUGCAACGAUCACGAGGAACCGUGUUGUGCAAUGUGCUGCAGCACCGAACACAGAAAAUGUGAAAGCGUGGAAACCAUUGAACAAAAAGCAGAAAAGGUCAGAAGCAGUGGAUCAGUUCGAGUUUUAAUAAACAACAUCGAGAAAUUUGGGCGAGAACUUUCUGAGGCAAAAUGCAUGGAGGAAAAAAACAUCACAGAGAUAGAGAAGGAAGCUGGUGUAAUAAUAGACAGAGUUCGUAGUCUGAAAAUAAAAGCUAUUCAGAAUCUUGAAAGACUAGAAAUAGAAUUUCUAAAUAAAGUUUCCACUAAAACGAAGGAGUGCAAAGGAGAACUGAAAAAGAAUAUACAGACAAUUGGUGACAUUAUUCAAUCAAUGGAAUUUUGUAGAAAAAAUGCAGAGUCUGCUACAAAUUUUCAAGAUGUCAAUUUUCUGACAGAAUUUCUCAAAACCAAGAAGACAUUAGAAACUAUUGUGAGUAAAAAAGUAGAGAGAUUGGAGUUCGAAUUGCAAUCACAUCUAGCUCCUGAUUUUAUUGCAGUUGCAAAUCUCUCAGAAAUUGGAAAACUGAAAUUAUUGGAAACAAAAGAAAGUUUAAUACUUACGUUUGAUGUUAAAAACAUUGACCUGGAAUUGUGUAAAGAGAUACAGUUAUCUUGGAGCAGAGUUCGUAGUGGAGUGUUUCUUUCUAACACUGAUGUGAUAUUCCCUCUGCAUAAAACAAAUACUGCAAAGAGGUACUUUACAGUCAAAGACAAGUGGACUCCUAAAGGGAAUAUCAGGUUUCGAAACAAGCUCUUUGAUAUUCAGCAAAAUGGUGAUUUUCUUUUUGCAUCGUGUUCAGAGAGUAAAACGAUCGAUGUUCUCUCAGCCAAAGAUUUUCAAUUGAUUCGUUCAAUCGAUGUUGAUCAUUUUUGUUAUGGAAUUUCAUUUAGGGAAAACCUCUUGUUUGCCGCCUGUAAUACGUCAAUUAUCAAAAUGGAUACAGAUGGAAAUAAAUUGAGAAGUUACCCCACAUCUAGUGGUGUUUAUUAUGUUGCUGUCACAAAGAACUUGGAUAUUGUUUUCAGCAAUGAAGAGCGACAUAAAGUGGUUUCCCUUCCAGACAAGGGUGACUCUCUCUGGACAUAUAGUCACCAUAGCCUAAAACAUCCAUCCGGUCUUCACAUUGACUGCGAUGAUAUAAUCUAUGUGGCAGGAAAAGACAGUAACAACAUUCAUGUGUUAUACGUUGAUGGUUCUGUCCUACACAUCAUUGAAAAUAUGUAUCGCCCUUUAUUUUUUAUGUUAAGCAAUGAUAGAAGUAUAUGUUGCUGCAUAGGGAUACAUCAUAUAUGGCCUUGGGACACUAGCAUCAAGAUGUACACAAUUAAGUAAAGCUUCUUGCAUACAAUUUUGUUGAACCACAAAAUUAUGUCACUUAUUGUAUCAUAUUAAAUUGUACAGUAAAAGGAAAUGAAAAUUGAUAGGUAUUUCUGCAUAAUACACACUAGAAUUGUAAAUGCGCAAUUUAUAAUAAAAACACUGUCCUUUUGUUAUAUACAUUAUAUUAUUUCCCUCUAACACAUUUUCAGAAAAUAGAUUUUUUAUAACUCUAUGUAGUGUUACAUCCUGGUUAUUGAAACUUUUACACGUAAAUCAAAACAUUAUAACAUAUUUGUGUAGAUGAAGUACUUAAUUUAGAUUCAAGUGUAUUUGUAUUA